UUAAGUGAUACCGUGCUAUACAACAGCACAACGGAAAUGCGAGCAAUUGUUUGUGCAUUGGCUGCUUUGCUAGUCUGCGCCAACGCAGCCAACGAAAAAAAGAUAGUCUGUUACUACAGCAGUUGGGCUGUUUACAGACCGGGCAAUGGCAAGGCCGACAUUGCCGAAAUCGACCCGACCCUUUGCACUCACCUGAUCUACACUUUCAUCGGUAUCAACGAAAACGCCCAGAUCAACCUUCUUGACGCAUGGGCUCACCUGCCUUCAGGAAAAAAUGGCUUCAACCUUUUCAACCAGUUGCGCCAAAGGAGUCCCGGCCUCAAAACUCUCAUCGCCGUCGGGGGAUGGAACGAAGGCUCCAUGAAGUACUCGAAGGUAGUCGGUAACCCCGCGUUGCGCAAAACUUUGGUCAACAACUUGGCGAAUUUCGUAAAAGAGUGGAACUUUGAUGGAUUGGACUUUGAUUGGGAGUACCCGAACCAGAGAGGAGGAGUUCCGUCGGACAAGAAAAAUUACGUCAUGCUGUUGAAAGAGCUGCGAGAGAGGUUUGACAAAGAAGGCCUGCUGCUCUCGGCUGCGGUGGCCGGGGCUAAAAAAUCGUCAAGCUUGUCGUACAUUAUGCCCGAAGUCUCCCAGUACCUCGACAUCAUCAACGUCAUGGCCUACGAUCUCCAUGGGUCCUGGGAAGCGAACACUGGUAUAAACUCGCCUCUAUAUCCAGGCUCGUGGGAAGUCGGUGACGACAGACAACUCAAUGUUAACGCCUGUAUCAAUUAUUGGAUAUCCAGCGGUGCUCCACGCGAGAAAAUUGUGUUGGGAAUCCCCGCGUACGGUCGAACCUUUACUCUGGACGACUCCGGGAACAACAAGAUCGGAGCACCAGCGAGACAGGGAGGUAACGCCGGUCCCUACUCCCAGCAGACCGGGCACUUGAACUACAACGAAUUUUGCGAAUCCAAUAUGAAGGAAAAAUGGAAAAUUCAUUUCAACAAGGAGCAGCGCGUGCCUUACGCGGUUAAAGGCAAUCAGUGGAUUGGUUAUGACGACGACAGAUCAAUCACGGAAAAGGCGGAAUACGUGAAUAAAUUGGGCCUCGGCGGUGCCAUGAUCUGGAGCAUCGAAGCCGACGACUUCAAGGGCAUUUGCGGGGACAAAUAUCCUCUUUUGAGGGCUCUGAACAAAGUUUUGCGCAAAGGUGUUGCUUUGCCAUCAACGACGUCAAAAGCUUCGUCUUCGACGUCUGGCUCUUCCACCGCGACGACAGUCUCGUCAUCGACGCAGAACUCGGUAUCGUGCAAUGAUGCGGGGUACGAGCGGGAUCCUUUCAAUUGUUCUGUCUACUACUAUUGCCAGCCCGAUGGCAACGGGGGAUUCAUCAGGCACAAUUACAAAUGCCCGGACAAUCUUUACUACGAUGAGGACCUACGCAUCUGCAACUGGCCCUACCUCGUUCAUUGUGCCAUCGACAACAUCGAUGACUUUGAGAAUUAAAUUUAUACUUGUAGUGCUAGCUUUGAAAUACGGUGGGACUUUUUUUUACCUGCACCGAACGAUGUCACUCUGCUCUGUAAUCUUUUAGUGAAUUAAAUAUUAUUCAUUACCGAUUACCAACAGCUCCAGUCGAUAGAGUCGAUGAUCCAUCUUUCAUGGUUUGGUGGAGAAAAAAAAAAAAAAAAAA